AUGAUCCCGAGAGGUUUCUCUACAGAAGAUGAGGCGUUCCUGAUGGAGAGGCUUCUGCUGGAUUCUCCUUCUCAUAAAGGUCCUGAGCCAGUGGAAACCCAAGAGACAUUGUUGGAAAGAUCUAACGAUAAUAUUUCCCAAACUUCUGACUGGGAAAAACCCUGCAACAGUGAGUGCAAGUCAGAAAGCGAGAGGAAAACCCCUGCAUGGAAGAGCCAGGGAAAGAGGCUGGGCACAUGGAGCGAAUGUGGGGAAAACAUCAGUCAGAGCUCAGAGCUUAUUCAACAUCAGAGAACUCACAUGGGAGAGAGAGCUGUUAAAUAUACUGAGUGUGGGAAAAACUUCCAGGAGAACUCCCCCCUUACAUCUCAUCAGAGACUCCACAGAGAAGAGACACCCUCCAGAGCUCCCUCGGGCUUCCACACCCCAGCCCACAUCAACCUGCAUAAGCACACAGACCUUGUGCAGGUAGCAGAGACAUUCUACAUCAAAGACAAGGGAACUCUUUGUGAUGAAGAAAAGAGAAGUGUCUGGAGGGAUAUCAUGCAGGAGGCUUGUGACACUAAGCUCUUGCUAGGAUUUAUGAUUUCCAAGCCUGAUGUGAUCUCCCAGGUGGAACAAGGAGAAAAAUCAGGUGCCCUGACUCACCAAGUCUCCAAGAAAAGAGAGAUCUUUAGAGGCAACUGCACUGCAGAUGAUAGGAGCAUCACUGAAGAGGCCACUCCUCAGCAGGAAGAUCCUGAAAAGACAGAACCACACUGGACAUUAGCUGGGAGACUAGCAGGGGAUAUUGCCCAGAAUCCUGAGUGUGGAAAAAUCUCUGAGAGGCAGGGCAGGUUGGAAAGGAAAGAGGGAAAUUCUGUAGGGAAGAACCAGGGUAAAUCAGUUCACCAUGAAAGAGGAUUGUGGUGACACAA